AUGGCUUUAGAACCAGAAUUGCCAUCUGAUGCACUCGUUGAGAUUCUAACGAGAUCAUCCUUAGAAACUGUAGGGCGUUGCAGAUCGCUUUCAAAGGAGUGGAAUCAUGUCUCAUACGAAUCAAGCUUCCAUCAACUGCUGUGCGAAAGAACGAACACAAUUUCUGGAUUUUUCAUUCAGCACCUAGUCAACUGCCAAUACUCGUCGGCGUUUGUGUCGCCGGAUACUAAUUCCGACCCCACUUCCAAACUGUCAUUGGAUUUUUUAAAAGUUCCUGUCCAGAUUGAAGCUGCGAAUCAAUGCAUACUAGUGUGUGUCAACCAGAACAACAGGUACUUGGUUUGUAAGCCUGCUACGAAACAAUGGGAAAGGAUACCGAAUCCGAAAACCAAGUACCAAACUGCAAGCACUGCCCUGAUCGUGUUGAAGUCCAAUCCUUUGAAAUACAAGAUUAUUCGAUUCUCAAACGCCAAGGUACUUCUCAACAAGCACAACUCUCACUGGUGGCGCCAUCUUAGGUGCGAGAUUUUUUAUUCAACUAGAGGAGCAUGGAAGCGGUCAAAGGAUUUGAUUCUACCUGAUCCUAGUGUGUUCUGCGCCAAUAAAGAAAAUACUGUUGUAGCAGCAAACGGUGGUCUGCAUUGGCUUCUGUCAAGUAAUCAAGUAUUUGCUUUCUAUGAAGAUUCAGAGAACUGGGAAGUUUUCUCAUUGCCACUUUCUGCUAUCGAUAAUGCAAGUUACAACAAGCUGCUACUUGUGGAGCACCAAGGUCGGCUUGCGUUGAUUCGAGGUAGAGAUGAUUUCCUGGACAUGUGGGUGAUGGAAAAUUAUGCCAGAAAGUUAUGGAGCGAGAAGCAGACAUGGAACAUGGACAAACUCAGUGCAGAAGAAAUUUAUGUUUCUCCAUUGGCUUUCCAUAAUGGUGAUGCUGCACUUAUGGAAGGUUUCAACAAAGUUAUCUUUCAUAAUUUUCAGGAGAGAAAAUCUCAUCAAAUAAGAUUAGACCAUCCCCCAUAUCGUAUUUUCAAGUUCCAGUCGGACAUGGAGGAGGUUAAUCUGAACUCCGGAGGAACCUGA